AAGAACUGUACCCCUACAUGCGGAAAAUGACGUUCAUUGCUCGACGCCACGCUGCGUCACUGAAUAGCCGUCACUUUUCGCUCGCUGCACCUGGCCAACCACCUUACCGUGUCCUCUUCUUCGGCACGGACGAUGUGUCGCUCGCCACACUCAAGGCGCUGCACGCCAGCAGCAAUGAAGAGAAUGUGGGCAACCGUCUAAUUGAGCACAUUGAGGUCGUUUGUCCAUCGGACCGACCCAUGAACGGCCGUAAAAAGGAUGAACCAGUGCCAGUCAAGAGAUUUGCACAGCGCUGUGGCUACAAGGCCUACGACACGCCGUCGCAUUUAAAGUCGCUUAAGACGUGGGACUUUCCUGCUACUAGUCAUUUUGACGUGGGCGUAGUCGUGUCCUUUGGCUACUUUCUGCACCCGCACAUGCUGAAGAACUUGCAUCAUGGUGCGAUCAAUAUGCACCCGUCACUACUGCCAAAGUACCGGGGCCCUGCACCGAUCCACCAUGCUCUCUUGAACGGCGACUCAACCACAGGCGUGUCAGUGAUCGAGAUCGACCCGAAGGCUUUCGACGUCGGGCGUAUUCUACUUCAGAAACAUUACGAUAUCAAGCCCGGUAUCCAAUGCCAUGACCUUGCGAAGGAACUCGCAUCGUUUGGAGCGGAUUGUAUCGUAAAAACGCUGGGUGAUCUACCGAUGCUUAAGAAGACCGCAGUGACGCAGGACGACGCCGUCGCCUGUAAGGCCCCCAAGCUGACGUUCAAGGAUGGGCUUAUCUUCCUUAACGAAGCAGCUAGCGACAUCUUCCACCGGUGGCAGGCACUGAGCAGCUCGGUUGGAGUAAAAGUCCAGUUUAGAGGAAAGGUGGUCAAGUUGAUCGAGGUCCGGCUCCCAACCGCUGAAGAGCUGCAAUCUGUUGAAGCCGACGAGGAUCGCAACGGACCAGCAGAGGCUGGGACCUUCUUCUUCGAAAAGAAACGCCAGGCGCUCUGGCUUCGAUGUGCUGAUGCUUCCUGGUUGCUAGUUACAAAGCUGCAGCAAGCAGAUCGCAAAGUUGGGGCCGCGCUUGAUUUCUGCAACGGAUACCGGCUGAAGAAUAUGCAGCGCGAGCGAUUCGAGAGUGUUUUCACUGGACCCGUCAGCAGCAAGCUGUAAAUGUGGUGGUAUCACUUUGAAUUGUACAUGUGAGCAGCUAACGUAACACCCCCAAGUUCCCUGUACAGCACUGAUUCCCACGUCAAACUAGAAAUAAAACAGGUUCAUUUCUGCGGACA